AGCGUCCUCCCGCAGAACCGCCCGCGACAGAGUCACGUUUUCUAUUCCCUUCCGGGCCAGAGGCUGUUUCUAAGCACCUCUGAAUUAGCCGACACGGCGUGAUCGCCGACGACAGGGAAAGGGCCCGCGUGCCCUCCAGCCGCCGGCCGAAGCGCCGCCCAGGACGCGCACCCUGCCGGAGCCGCUUCUGACAGUGCUUCCCGCUCGCCACGUCCGUGUUCACAGCCGCUCUGCGGCAGCCCCGAGGCUUGCACGGUUAAGCCGGGCUCAUGAAGGAGCGUGGGCAUCGCCCGGCGACUUUCCAGGCUCGCACGGGCGCCCCGUCUCUCGGCCCCGCCGUUCUACCCCUGCGCUCCCCGCGCGGGGAACUGAACCCAAGGCUUGCGCGCUCCACCGCCUUGAGCUACACCCCCAGGCCUCUCCUUGCUUUCAAAAUAGAAAAACAUUUUGUGAGGCACAAGAGAGAAAUUUCUGGGUCAUCUUAUAGGACUUUUUCUUCUACUGAUGUCUUUUGCAAAAAUCCUUUUUUUCUUCUACUGAAGUCUUUUGCAAAAAUCUUUGAGAAGAGGGUGCCUUCCAACCAAGAUUCUGGAGGGCAAGUCCUGGUCUGCUCGGCCCGCUGCGCCGCGCCUUCCCUCUGCAUUCGGGGCCGCUUCCUGCUGCCCGGCUCUCGGAGCUGAACCGCCAGGUGGCGCCUCCCGCCAAGGCAAUUCAUCUCUGGCACGGCGAGCCAAGCGGUUGCCUGGCAACCGAAACUGGGCUUUCCAAACAAUCUGGACUGGGAAUCCUAGCGGGCACUGUCGUGGUGGGGCUGCGCUAGCUUCCCAUCCCAAAGAGAGACUCUUGCCCGGCCUCUAAGUAUGCCUCCCACCCGGGACCCGUUCCAGCACCCUGCGUUAGAUAACGACGACUCCUAUUUGGGAAAACCGCGGGCUUCCAAGAAAUCGCCGUUCAAGAACCCCACUCACCUCGACCAGCAACAGGACCCCUGGAGCCGGCUCAGCUCAACUCCUACAGCCACCUCCAUGCGGCGGGAGGCUUAUUUUUCUGAUCCCAAGAUACCAAAGGAUGACCUCGAUUUCCGCCUAACAGCCUUGUAUGACCACCACAGUGGGGCCUUCAAGAACAAAAGUGAGAUACUGUUACACCAGGAGACCAUCCGGGAUUCUCACGAAAUCAAGAUUCAGUUCCCUGGAGGCUGUGUACCCCUCCUUCCUUCACCCCCCACCACGUCCCUGGCUAGCAUCAGACAGUGGAUCAACCCUACGAAGGACUCCAUCCACAGCAUCCAGGGAGCCAUCGUGUCCCCUCACACUGCAGCCACCAAUGGAGGUUAUUCCCGAAAGAAUGACGGCGGCUUCUUCUCCACCUAGGGGUGCUGGCCUCCUAAUCACAGUACAACACCCUGCUGCCUACCUCUAUUAAACGGGUGUAUGCAAGAGUGUGCGUGAAGUCUCGGUUACCCAUGACAAGUUACUUCUUGACUGCUCUUGGCAUGAGAGGGAAACUUCCCACCUGCUAGAAACCAGUCCUGUGGGUCUAUUUGCACUUGAAAAUUCACCUUGCUGAAGACAUAAGGAUAUAGGACAGAACAUCACAGUCUGUGGCAGGACACAACAUUCACACUUUGUAAACUGAAAUUACUCCAACUGCACAGAGACUCCACUUACAAACCUUUGUCAGAAACCAGGUUAAGUGAUGGAAACAGGUAAUGGAUGUAGCCCAUUGUCCCAAUGCACGGACUGGUGAACACGGCAGCAGCAGCUCCCGGUAGCAGCAACAUUUAUGCGAGGCCACACCACAGGUUUCAGGCUUCCUGGGCGUAGUCAGCUGCUGGACGCUUCACUGAGGGCCCCAGCCGCCUGCCCUCCCAUCCCGCCAUCACCAUGCGGUCUCUAACACUGCUGCUGUCCCCCUGCCUGGAAGACAGCUCCCUUUUCUGUAUCAGUCUAUGCUGUAACAUAAGUCUCGAUUCCUACAAACACUGUUCAAGUAUCUGGUGCUUGGGUUCGAAGGCACCUAAAAAUCGAUGCACUACUGUAGUUUCUAUAAUUACCAGUAAGUCACAGGAAUCUGUUGUAUCACUGAAAAAGAUUGGACAAGAAAAUGGCCAGUGAUGCCAGGCGUGGAGGCACAUAUCUGUAAUCCCAGCACUCAGGAGGCU